GGUGCGACAGCGGCGCAUUCUCUCCCUCUGCUCCUCCUCCUCCUCCUCCCUCCUGGGCCGGACGAGCUGAGCGGAACAGAAUCCAGUCCAGUCCGAGAGACGGUGAUCGGGCUUCGUCCUCAGGUGCAUCUCUGAGGCGGGGCGACGCGCAGGUCCAGGUGAGGCAUGGACUGUAACUGUGUCAGUGAUCUGCUGCUCCCCCCGGUGCCUGCCCUUUGGACGCCAGGAUUUGCCUUCCCAGACUGGGCCUACAAACCCGAGUCCAGCCCUGGAUCCAGACAGAUCCAGCUGUGGCACUUCAUCCUGGAGCUGCUGCAGAAGGAGGAGUACCAGGGUGUGAUUGCCUGGCAGGGAGACUACGGAGAGUUUGUCAUCAAGGACCCGGACGAGGUGGCCCGGCUAUGGGUCAGAAAAUGUAAACCUCAUAUGAACUACGACAAGCUGAGCAGGGCGCUGAGGUAUUACUACAACAAGCGCAUUUUGCACAAAACCAAAGGGAAGCGCUUCACAUACAAGUUUAACUUCAGUAAGGUGGUGCUGGUGAAUUACCCCAUCCUGGACAUGGCCAACUCACCCUUUUUUUUGGCCCCAAAUCACUUCAACGGAGGUUCUGCUGCACCUGACUGCAGCCCAGAGGCCAUACAGUCCCUGUUUCCCCGUCUGCCAGACUCCGGCAGAGGAACCUCCCUGUUCGAUCGUGCAGCAGCACCCGGACCAGAGGGAGACAAACUGAGACUGGACACGUUCCCCUUCCUGAGUUCAGGUGCCCCGUGCUACACCAAACCUCCGUCCCUGCUGGGCCCCUACCCUCGCAGUCCACCCUUUGACUACCCCUGGGGAUUCAACCCGUAUCUCCCAGGGGCCUUCUCUCUCAACAACUGCCCCAAACUGCCCCCUGGCUCCCUCUACUCCUCCCAGUUUUACCCAAACCCUCUGCAGAGCAGCCUCUCUCAGCUGCCUCACCCCUUUUCCUCGCUGCUCCCCCCUGGAGAGGCAGGAGGAGGUGAAAGGAGCGCAGGUCAAACGGGAGGGACAAACGGCACAACGGGCAGCCAGGCAGCGAGACUGUGUCUGCCCCCGUACCCAGGAGGCCUGUCCAUGUGUCGAACAGACAUCGGAAACGGCGCGUCGUUAGGGGAAAGGGUGGAGACCAAUCCUCCAGUCACGGGCCUGGGUCUGGGUUUGGGAGCCGUCAGCCUCGGACCCGGGACUGGGACGGACCCGCAGAGCCCCACGGAGCGGAGAGGAGGGGUGAAGCAAGACCCAGAGUCGGACUCAGACCUGGAGAUCACGGAUCUGAGUGACUGCAGUUCGGAAAAUGAAAAUGAGCACGAAUUUGGCCUCAACAAGGAAUCCGGGCUGGCGAACCGACCGCAGAUCGUGUUGGAUGGAAAGAAAAGGAGUGCACUGCCACCCAUCUCCUCCCUCCCUCCUCCGGUAUCCCCCCACCCUCUGAAGAACCUGCUGCCCAUGACUCCUCCACGGCCAACCCUGCCUCCAUCUCUGUCCCCGUCCAUGGCUCUGCAUGACAGACACAGGGAGACAGAGACUCUGAAAAUGAUCCACAGCUAAUAGUCUGAAGCGCUCUGAGGGCCUCUCUUUUUCUUUCCUCCCAUGAUUCUAGUUGACGUCAUU